AAAGAAUUGCGUGGACACAUGGCUUAAACCUUAACUUCAUCUGGCCCCAAGGGCAGAUCUCGGCUAAAUAUAUUCACUCCACUUUAACACUGAUCAAACGUUGAAGGUCCAUCAUGUCUAGAGACACGUUUGUUUUUACUUCUUCCACACUCCGGUCAUUGAGGUUGCAGAGGGAGCUGCUGGAUAUAGAGGAGCAGAGGAGAGAUCUGUACAGACACCCUGCAACCAGGCUGAUCAGAGGUGUCAGCCAGAGAUUCUGGGAACCCAGGGCGCCACCACAAAUCUGCAGAGAUGUUGCUGUCCACAAUGCUCUGUUCAGUGGGGACUUGGACAAGAUCAGAAGCAUCUUUAAGAACAAGGAGUCCGUCAACGCAAUUAUAGAGACCGUCAGUCACGAACUGUGCUGGUCGUCGGAGUUGGGUCUCUGGUCGCUGUCCUCUAAACAGAAGCAGACGACUGCGUUGUGCAUUACAGCAGAGAGAGGCUACACAGCGUGUUUGAAGCACCUGCUGGGAUACGGUGCUGAUGUCAACGCUUCCUACGGAGGCACAACUGCCUUGCACAAAGCCUGUGCCAAUGGGAACCACGAAUGCGUGCUGCUUCUGCUUAGCAUUGGCUCUGACGCUAACGCAUUCUCCGAAGAAGGUUUUGCUCCUCUGCACCUGUGCACCAGUCCGAAGACCUUACGAUGUGCCAAUCUCCUACUGGAUCACGGUGCCCGGGUUAAUAUACUGACCCAAGAUGGAGAGAAUAGCCCAUUGCACAUUGCCGCAAAGCACGGCUUAUGUGAGCACGUGGACCUGUACCUGAGCUACUGCGCGUACAACCACAAGAAGAACCGAGAGGGGGAGACCGCGCUGAAUGCUGCCUGCGCUUACGCUGAAAACCGGGAAACGUUCGGAAGAUAUUUCAGGGUCUGCAAAAUACUGAUCGACUGCGGAGCCGAGGUGAAAACAGCCGGGAGAAAGAAUCAUACGCCUCUACAUAACGCCUGCGGCAAUGGGCAUUACAGGAUCGUGGAUUUGUUACUGCAGCAUGGAGCUUCUGUGAAUGUCAGGAACUCUGCCAGCUACAGCCCCAUGGACUGCAUUUUGCAGGUUGUCGAAGAUCACUUAGAGAACAGCCCAGAGCUCAUUGUUCUGGCUCUGUUGAAUCACGGAGCAGCAGUGAUUCACCCUAAGUUGCUCAAACUGUGUGCGAUGUGUCCCCGGACAAUGGAAGCCAUUUUGAAUAGCUACGAGUGGGUUCCUCUGUGUGACUCCUGGAUUGACUCAGUUCCUCCGGAUGUGUGGCAAAGAUCUGAGGAUUUCUACAAGUCUGUUAUAGGACUAACGAACAAACCUCGCAGCCUUCAGCAUCUUGCACGGUUUGCAAUAAGAAAAUAUCUUGGCAUCCGAUGUCAUUCAACCAUCCCACAACUGAAGAUCCCAAGCAGUUUCAAGGAGUUUCUGCUGUUGAAAAUUGAAGGUUACGUCAGAUGAAAGAGAGAGAAGUUUCUCACAGGCAUGAUCUGAAGGAUGAGUUGAGAGACUAGGGUCAAGUAUGUUUUUUCAGUUUAGUCUAGUAAUGAGUGAAUUGAGGAAGAAUAGUGGGUAGAAGUUGUCAGAAUCCACAACUGUGCAGCGCUCCGGGAUUCUAUCCUGUGAAGGGCACU